AUGGGUUCUAUAAGUCUUGCUAAGAUGAACAUUCCACCUAAUGGCUCAAAAACAAGGACCAACUUGAGCAUCAACAGCUCAAGUACCAGGGUUAAUGCUGACUCAAGCUUCAAGAACACAAGUACCAGGGCUGAUGCUGACUCUAGCAUCAACGACACAAGUACCUGGGCUACCUGGGCUGAUGCUGACUCGAGCAACAACGACACAAGUACCUGGGCUGAUGCUGACUCGAGCAUCAACGACACAAGUACCAGGGCUGAUGCUGACUCGAGCUUCAACGACACAAGUACCAGGGCUGAAGCUGACUCGAGCAACAACGACACAAGUACCAGGGCUGAUGCUGACUCGAGCAACAACGACACAAGUACCAGGGCUGAAGCUGACUCGAGCAACAACGACACAAGUACCAGGGCUGAUGCUGACUCAAGCAACAACGACACAAGUACCUGGGCCGAUGCUGACUCGAGCAUCAACUACACAAGUACCUGGGCUGAUGCUGACUCGAGCAUCAACGACACAAGUACCAGGGCUGAAGCUGACUCGAGCAUCAACGACACAAGUACCAGGGCUGAUGCUGACUCGAGCAACAACGACACAAGUACCUGGGCCGAUGCUGACUCGAGCAUCAACUACACAAGUACCUGGGCUGAUGCUGACUCAAGCAUCAACUACACAAGUACCAGGGCUGAUGCUGACUCAGGCAUCAACUACACAAGUACCUGGGCUGAUGCUGACUCAAGCAUCAACGACACAAGUACCAGGGCUGAUGCUGACUCGAGCUUUAAUGACACAAGUACCAGGGCUGAUUCUGACUCAAGCUUCAACGACACAAGUUCCUUGGCUGAUGCUGACUCAAGCAUCAACUACACAAGUACCUGGGCUGAUGCUGACUCAAGCAUCAACGACACAAGUACCAGGGCUGACUCAAUCAUUUCAUAUGGUCACCAGCUGUAUUUCUUACAUUAUCUAUGUUUGAAUAACUCAAAACCCUGGAUAACUCAAACCCUGAAUAACUUGAAACCCUAG